AGGAUUUCAAUUGCGGAACUGGCAACUUAAUACCCAAACAUAUCGAGCUUUAGGCGCCAGCACGAGCAUGGGAAGCUUUGGUGCAUGCGACGGCUGAUCCAAUUCUAAGAACCGUUUGCGCGCGCGUCCGAGUGGAUUGCCCUGUGAUAGAAACCGGCUCCCUUGCUUUGUGGAUGGCUUCCUCCGAAGUGGACCAGAAGGCCUUGGGCAACUUUGCGGCCAUGACGGGCCUCGAGAACCCGUUCCUGUCCGCGACGCUGUACAAGAUUCUCGGGUUGUCUGUUAUGCUAUCAAAGAAACUCCUCCGUGCACGACGAUUGCGACGUCUGGACCCGACUCGGGAGACCAAAUCGCUUCAUCUUUAUUACCAUAUCAUCUGGCUUUCCCGCGAGGGUCUUUUGAUAUUAGAGGAGUUUGUCCUGCCCCUGGUUGAGGGAUGUAUGGAACUCAAGAUUCUAGCCUACAAGUUGCGCGCCUCCUUCUAUCAUAUAUUCGUCCUGUUUCAGAAUCAGCCUGCUGUCCACACGCCGGGUAUCGUCAGCCUGCCCAGUAGUACACCUCUAUUCAAUGGCGUUACUGAAGCCGAGUCACCAUCCAAAGAUUCCAAUUCGCGAUAUUCAUUCCAGCUGAAGCCCGAUACGAUAACGGUUUCCGGGAAGCCCAGUUCCGCCUCGGAUAGUGCGCCACGAGGCAAGGUUACGCAGGCACCCCCGGGCUUCGCGCCGGUUCAACCGCCCAAGUCGACCUCCUCGUUUCUCCUCCCUGCACUCGACUACACCCCCACAGCUACCGCAUGCUUCAAUCAUGCUGCACUCUUGGCGGAUCAAUUCCUCCCAGGCUCGCACCCACUCCGCCUGUCCAUCAAACUCGAAUUUGCUGCCUACCUCUACGACUGCCUACAUGACGCCCAUGCCUGUCGACGGUUGGCCAAGCAAGCCAUUGCCGAUGUGUACAAUGCGCAGGAGGGCAUGGACGACGAGAGCUUCGAGGAUGCGGCUGAGAUUGUGGGGAUUUUGGGCAAGAUGGUGAAGCGGGGAAGGAACGCAAGCAGUGCGGGAAAUAGCACCACGGCUUUGAAAACACCUCGGGAGGAGCGUAGUGAGGGCACUCGAACGCCGUCCUCUCAGACAACGUCGAAGAAGCCGGCAGCGCGAGUGCCGAAAAGCAGCUCCUCUCCGGCGCGCGCGACCAAACCGACGACUAGCGAGGGCAUGUCACCCGCUGUGCCCGACCCCACCAUGAUGAAUCCCAUAUGAUGCCUUUUUGCUUACAACCUGUAUAUGCUUCUUCUUGGACCUACGGGGGAGUCGCGCAUGGAGCGUUUGGCCUGUAACUUUUACUUGACUUGUACGUGUCUGUAUCAUCUCUGUACGGAGUUGCGGCGAUAGAUUGGAAUUGGGCAUUAGCUCACGAGGAGCUGUGGUCAGUAUGAGCGAUUAAGUGUGAUGAAAAGCUCAGGUGGGAAGGGCAGACCACCAGCCAGUUGUGAUGGUGUAGAUAGAUAGAUCUGUGCGAUACAAAGGAUGUUGUUGAUGUCAUGCACCCCACCCACUUGUGUGUGCUUGUCUGGACAAUAAUGGACCUACACUUGAUACUAGUUACU